AUGGAUGAGUCAACAGAGGUUCGAACAGAUGGCAAUUCUCUUCUAAAGGCUGUCUAUUUGAGUCGCCUGCGUCUGACUCGGCUGCUCCUGGAGGGAGGGGCCUACAUAAACGAGAGUAAUGAACAUGGCGAGACACCGCUUAUGGUGGCCUGCAAGACACGCCAUACAGAUUCACAGAGUGUACCCAAACACAAGAUGGUUCGGUAUCUUCUGGAAAAUGGUGCUGAUCCAAACAUCCAAGACAAGACAGGGAAAACAGCUCUGAUGCAUGCAUGCCUCGAACAAGCUGGAGCUGAAAUUCUGUCACUCCUGCUGACCAGUGGAGCUGAUCCAACUCUGGAGGAUCAUUCAGGCUUAUCAGCAUUGAUUUACGCUGUCAAUUCAGGCAACAGGGAUGUCCUCAGGGUCCUCCUGGAUGCCUGUAAAGCGAAGGGUAAGGAGGUUAUCAUCAUUACCACCAACAAACUGCCAUCCGGCCAUCAGAUGACAAAGCAGUACCUCAAUGUCCCUCCACCUCCAGACCUUGAGGAACGUAUGCAUUAUACCCCAACAUCUUGUUGCAUGUCACCACAUGAGGUCCAGCUACGAACUCCUCCACAGGGCUCCUCAGCAAGUGCUUCCCCCCAGCCUGGUAGCCCCCUUCUUGGCCUCAGGGAUCCCCAGUGUUUAGGUUCAGGACCUGGUCUAGUCACAUCUCGACCAGGUUCUCCAAUCCAACAUCCUAGUCCUUUACGUGUCCCUGGUGUGGAUAAACGACUUAAUCUCCAGAGACUACACUCUGAGCAGUGGUCCAAAAGUCCUUCACUGCUCCUCCAGCAGACCCAGGCCACCUCUCUGACAGAAGAGCCAGUGCGAAUAACACCUGAGGAGGAGUUGUCUUUCAGAGUCAACAAUAGCCUCGCCUUCCACGGAAGACCUCCAGCUGUUUCACGCCACCACAGCAUUGAUGUCAAAGACACAACAGGGUUUCUGAAAGCACUAGAGUACAUUUCUGGAAAUGAAAAUAGGGGAGGAGGUGGAAGAAAAGGCUUUGGUAGAAAGAUGUCAUAUGAUAGUACUACUACUACUAGUUCACUGCAUGCUGCUUCACACCCAAACUUGCAUCAAGACAGUUUACCCUUUCCCCAUGAAUCCUGUCCUUUGGAUGAAGAUUCCUCUGACUGUCUCAGACAACUGAAUGUUUCCAGUCUGCAAAAUGUGGUCCGUCGACGGAACAUUGGUAUUGACCACUACAGUUCUGACUCUCAGUUACCACAGUUUGGCAGCCGAGACAAUAGCUCCAAGAAUGGUGGCGGAGUUGGAACGGGACCAGAAAGGCUCAAGCUGGUCAACAGCAGAUCCUCCACUCUGUCAGGAUCCAGGGAGUCCUUGGAGAGCUCUGUCCAGAGACGAGGUGCUGCUGGGCUGGAGCGAAGAGGCUCAGGGGCCCUUCUACUGGAUCACAUUGCCCACACUCGCCCUGGAUACCUCCCUCCUCUGAAUCCCCAUGCUCCUAUACCAGAUAUUGGGGUCAGCUCUAGCUCUUCCUACCCUUUGAGUGGAAGUAGCAAGACACUGAAUGGUGUUCUUACAGGGUCAAAGCCUAUCCUACCCUGUGCACCUGUUUUUCUGAGGGAUCUAAAAGCCAAGAAAAUUCUGUGGAGACGACACUCAAUGCAGAGUGAGCAGAUAAAAGAGCUGGUCAACUUCAAGGAAACUUUUGGCCACUAGAAGAAAAUAUUGCAUGUAUCAGGAGAAAAUGCAUGUGCUCUUACCAGUAACAUACAUUGCUGUACUACACCUAUCAUACCAUCACUGAAACCAGCUCAUGUGCAGUUUUAAGACAAAGUACAAUUUAGACAUUCUGAAGCUGCAUUGAUUUCAUAUCAUCAUACCAGCCACAGGGACAGUUUCAGCUCCGUGUAAUGAAACAUACCAAAAGAAUACAUAUAAAGAAUACAAAAUGUAACUUUAAUGUGAAAUAAUUACCCGAGAAAACUUUAAAAAAUACUAUAGCAUUUUUACAGAGCAGCUAGAUCGUUGGACAAAAAAGUUCUUAACACAUUCAACAUGUUGUUCCCUUCCUCAGUGGAUGGACUUGCUAGUUGUCAUAAGUUAGCUUUAAUCAUGUCACCUAUGUAUUUCGGUCAUAUUAAUAGGUUGUCAUGUAUGGGGAAGAGAUGGUAAACUUGUUUUUUUAGCCAGCAAAGACAUUCCUUGUUUUUCCUGACUCCUGGCCGAUGUUCCUGAUCCAUUUGAUGCUGUGAGCGGUUUUGGUCCGGUGUUUACAGACAGCUGAUGUCUGUUUCUUGCUGGUUGGGUUGUGAUUUUUAUCAUCCACUCUUCGUACCAGUUGGCUCUAAGAGACCCUCAGACAUGCUAUACCUCCCCCCUCUAUCCUCCUCCUCAAUCAUAAGAUGUAGUGCUUGGUGUAGGAGGGCCCUCAAUAAUCCCCUAUAUGACCGCCUGUUAUCAUCCAUACUUAGUUCACGUUCUGACAACUAAACCAUCUCCAUGACAACUGAGCAACUCAAUAUGCUGAGGAAGGGCAUGUGAUGUAGUUGAAAGAUUUGGAAGCGACAAGCAAAUGGGAUCUUGUGUUGAGAAUGUUUUUGUCAAACUGCUGCUCACGAGGUCAAGAAUGAACCUUCAAGCUCGAGUCACAUGGUUGUUCAAGUAAAAUAAAUUUUUUAGUCUAUACUUUUACAAUUUAUAGUGGCAUUAAGCAAUAUGCUGAAUAGCAGGACUUCAUUUCAUGACUCAGACCUAAUUUAACAGCAACAGUGUGAGCCAAAGAAGUUUGACACUUGCUGUGACAUUACAGAAAGCUUUGAGAAUGACCUUGGAUCAAAGAAAGUACAGUACAGAGUGAAAUACCUCUUAAGAAACAACCAUUUCUAAUCUACUAGUUUAAUAGCCAUUUCUGGACUACAAAAGUGGUCUGUGUGAAUUAUAUUUUGAGCCCCUUUUCAGUUGUGUUUAAUUAUUCUUCCUAAUUAUAGUUUUAUCAGUUAUUAAAUAUGGCUGUGUAUAUACACAUGAUCUAAAUUUUGAGUGCACUGCAUAUCAGUUAGAAAAAAAGGGCACUCAUCAACAUAAGCUGCACAGUGAGGGAAACUAUUCUUCCCUUUUAGAAAAACCUUUUAUCUAAAUUGCAAAUCAGUACAUCUGCAUCCUUGAAAAUUUAAGACAUUCUCAGAUACUCCUUUCACUAUGUACAGAGUUGCCAUUGGCAACACUUCAGUGGUACACUCAACCUUCAGUGUUCUUCGUUGUAUU